AUGCCGAGCGGCAGCGCCUCGCCGUCGCCUCAGGAGGAGUCGCCCGAGCUGCUGGUGCUGCUGCCGCCGCCGCCGCCCAGGCCGCCGCCGGGCCUGCUGCUCCACUACCACCACACCGCGGCGGCCCUGCCGGACGCGCGGCUGCUGAGGGACCGCCUGGCCGGCCUGGGCCUCCACGAGGCGGGCGAAGGCUGCAAGAUCAAGGCCUUGAGAGCCAAGACGAAUACUUACAUCAAGACCCCUGUCCGUGGAGAAGAGCCCAUUUUUGUCGUCACUGGACGCAAAGAAGAUGUAGCCAUGGCCAAAAGGGAAAUUCUUUCUGCUGCUGAACACUUCUCCAUGAUAAGAGCGUCACGUAACAAAAACGGCCCGGCUCUGGGAGGACUGUCCUGCAACCCCAACCUGCCGGGGCAAACCACAGUCCAAGUCAGGGUGCCUUACCGGGUGGUCGGGCUCGUGGUUGGCCCCAAAGGCGCUACGAUCAAAAGGAUCCAGCAGCAGACUCAUACCUACAUAGUUACUCCCAGUAGAGACAAGGAGCCAGUCUUCGAGGUCACCGGCAUGCCUGAAAAUGUCGACCGUGCCCGUGAAGAGAUAGAAAUGCACAUCGCCAUGCGCACUGGAAACUACAUUGAACUGAACGAAGAAAACGACUUCCAUUACAAUGGUACGGACGUGAGCUUUGAAGGGGGGAGCCUGGGACCGGCUUGGCUCGCUUCCAAUCCAGUACCUCCUCCGAGCCGCACCAGGAUGAUUUCGAAUUACAGAAACGACAGCUCCAGUUCUUUGGGAAGCGGCUCCACCGAUUCCUACUUUGGAAGCAAUAGGUUGGCUGACUUCAGCCCGACAAGCCCAUUUAGCACAGGCAAUUUUUGGUUUGGGGAAACGUUGCCUCCCGUGGGGGCAGAAGAUCUCGUCAUUGACUCUCCUGCGUACGACUCCUUGCCGACACCUUCUCAGACCAUCUGGACACCUUUCGAACCUGUCAACCCACUCUCCAGUUUCAGCAGUGACCCCGCUAGUAACACGAAAGCUCCGCGGAGAGGGAGUCAGCCAUCCACUCCUCGUCUGUCACCGACCUUUCCCGAAACCCUUGAACAUCCCCUGGCUAGGAGAGUCAGAAGCGACCCACCCAGUACAGUCAGCCAGGUCGGCCUCCCGAUCUACAUCCCUGCUUUUUCCAAUGGUACCAACAGCUAUUCUUCUUCCAACGGCGGUUCCACGUCUAGUUCCCCUCCAGAACUCAGACGGAAGCACGACUGCGUGAUAUGCUUUGAGAACGAAGUAAUCGCUGCCCUGGUUCCGUGUGGCCACAACCUCUUCUGCAUGGAAUGUGCCAACAAGAUCUGUGAAAAAGAAACACCUUCGUGUCCAGUUUGCCAGACAGCUGUUACUCAGGCGAUUCAGAUUCACUCUUAAAUAUAUAGAAGAUAUUAUAUAUGGACUUUUUAAACUCUUAAUGGCUUGGAUGUAAUGGUACCCCCUAAGUAAACUUAUAAUGAAUUCAGACUGUUAUCGGGAUUUCUUGGGGUUAGGCUAACGUUGUUUGUGAGGCAUGUACUCUUUUUUGUUGUUGUUGUUUAACAAAAACAAAAAAAACAAGGCUUGUGCAAUUAACACAACGCCUAGCCGAUGUUUGUCCAUUUUGGUUCCAGCUGUGGCGCCUGGUGGCAGACUUAACGCCUGAGAAUGAAGCUGUGACACGGCAAGAGUGUGAGGGAUGGGGACUCAGAUCGGUUUCGUAACAGGAUAAAAUGUGCCGAAUGUUCGCGGGCUUUCCAGAUCGUCUUGACUCUGUCUUGGUGGUUUGCGCUCGUGAGGGCGGAAAGCCCUGUAGGUCCCUGAAUUGCCAGCGAAGGGGGAGGGUGCAAAGGUUUAUCAAUGUAUCAGACACACUUCCAAUGCUGCCUUCUUGACACUGCCAGUUUUUCAAAACAGGUUUGGGGGCAUCUCCCUCCUUCCGUUAAGGCAUCGGCUUCCCUUAUCCAGUGUUGCCAAUAAUUGUUAUGAUGCACAAAUCCGGUUUCCUGGCAUUUGGAUGAGUCACGUAGGGGUAACUUUACUUUUUAAAUUUAUGAGAUCAUUGUCUGGGGUGGGGGUGGGGGGGACAGAGGAGGCGGAUGGUAUGAAUUGUGACCCCCCUUCUCGUUCAGUAUGCAAAUUAAAGAGAAUCAGGAACGUGUGGGUCUUCCGCCACUGAAUUGUGGGAAGUCUGCUUCCUCUCGGCCAUCACUACUGAUCAUGCAUGCUUGCUUGCCCAAAGUUCUCCCACCAGCAAGAGCUUUGCUUCCCCAAUACAUUUGAAGCAAAGCCCCCCCCCCGGUGUCCCACGUACGGUUCUCUGGUCAGGCAGAUUGGCUCCCUCUGUCGAAACGAUUGGAAAUUUCCAUGGGCACGGUGGGGCACGCGUGGAAUUUUGAAUCUGGGCGAGCGUCACUAAGGGCUGUAGCAUUGCCAUGCUGAGUGCAGUCCACUUGGCUCUUCUUCCCCCCCCCCCCCCCACCCACUGUUCCAUUUGCAUUAGAGGGAAUAUUCGUGGGUGGAGGGGAGGGGAACCGCUGUGGGUCGAAUGCACCCGUUAGUGCCGAGAGCGAGGAUGCUGACAUUCCAUUGGCUCAUUGGAUCAAGCGGUUCUUAAAUUUAACUCUGUUUGAAAAAAAUGUGAAUUUCUUUUUCUUUUUCACGUUUCAUCUGUUAAAUUUGCACAUUAUCCAAAACGUGGGUUUUUUAAAAGUAACGUUGGGGGGGGACUCUCGAAUUUGCACGCUCCCCCCCCCACCGGUCCCAUUCAUGGAAGCAAUUGUGUUUGCGGCCCCCACCAAGCUGUUUAUCUCAUUUCAAAACAACCCUUCUCUGUCCCAAGGAGCUCCCAGCCCCCGUUUUUCUUUACAUUUCAACCUGUGGAUGUUUCUCACUUCUUCAUCCUCAGAAUAUACCCAAAUCUGUGCUGGCAUUUAAACAAAAAACACUCAGAAGUUCUGAUGGAUUUAUUUUUUUAUCUGUCUCUCUCUCUCUUUUUUGUUUUUUGAGCAAUAUUUUCCCAAGUCGAAACAAAAUAGUUUUUCCCCCCUCCUCAGUAUAAGCAAAUUCUAUGUGUA